AUGUCUCAUCAGAUCUUUGACGUGACGGAAAUAGCCAACGAUGACCAGAAGCUCGAGCAAAAGGUCAUGGAACUAACCGCUAUGAGCGCCUUUAUAGGACCUACACAGCCUCCACAUGAUCAAGAAACCGUGUUUCCCAAUGGUACCUUCGCUAUCUUCAUCGCGCAACAAAGCAGUUCAGACGUCAUUCGAAUUACCACGUGGGAGAAAAAAACCGCUCCCGUAUACACUUAUCAACGGGAACCCGGGAACUCUUACAUUCUAAUUGUCGAUAAAGAUUAUAGGUUUAGGGUAGAAGGAAUCCCGGUGGUGAGAUACUUCAGUCUGCGCAAAGACAUUAAAGAGGUCGUGGAAGCCGAUAGGGCUAUUCGAGCCUAUAAAGAGAUCUACAACCAUAUCUGA